AGGAGGCGGCGGGCCCCGGGAAGAAAGGAACAUGGCUCCUGCGGCGGGCUGCGCCGAGCGCGGCCCGGGGCGAAGGCGCGCCGGGCGCCAGUGACCGCGAUGGUGAACUCCAGCCGCGUGCAGCCGCAGCAGCCCGGGGACCCGAAGCGGCCGCCCGCAGCCCGAGCGGCCGGCCCCGGCCGGCUGAUGACGGGCGGCGCGGCCGUUGGCGCCGGCCUCGCCGCUCCGGGCGGCCUCCGCGAGCAGAGGGGCCUGGAGAUCGAGAUGGAGCGUAUCCGGCAGGCGGCCGCGCGGGACCCCCCGGCCGGAGCCUCGGCCUCUCCCUCCCCGCCGCUCUCGUCGUGCUCGCGGCAGGCAUGGAGCCGUGACAACCCGGGCUUCGAGGCCGAGGAGGAGGAGGAGGAAGAGGAGGUGGAAGGCGAGGAAGGAGGAAUGGUGGUGGAGAUGGACGUGGAGUGGCGCCCGGGCAGCCGGAGGUCCGCCGCCUCCUCGUCCGUGAGCUCCGUGGGCGCCCGGGGCCGGGGGCUGGGGGGCUACCACGGCACCGGCCACCCAAGCGGGAGGCGGCGCCGGAGAGAGGACCAGGGCCCGCCGAGCCCCAGCCCGGCCGGCGGCGGGGACCCGCUUCAUCGCCACCUCCCCCUGGACGGGCAGCCGCCGCGAGUGGCCUGGGCCGAGAGGCUGGUUCGCGGGCUGCGAGGUCUCUGGGGAACAAGACUCAUGGAAGAAAGCAACACUAACCGUGAGAAGUAUCUUAAAAGUGUUUUACGGGAACUGGCCACAUACCUCCUUUUUCUCAUAGUCUUAUGCAUUUUGACCUAUGGGAUGAUGAGUUCCAGUGUGUACUACUACACCCGGAUAAUGUCACAACUCUUCUUGGACACCCCAGUGUCCAAAACAGAGAAAACAAACUUUAAAACUCUUUCUUCAAUGGAAGACUUCUGGAAGUUCACAGAAGGUGCCUUAUUGGAUGGGCUUUACUGGAAGACACAACCCAGCAACAAUACUGACGCCGACAACCGAAGCUUCAUCUACUACGAGAACCUCCUAUUAGGCGUACCACGUAUACGGCAGCUCAAAGUCAGGAACGGGUCCUGUUCUAUCCCCCAGGACUUGAGAGAUGAGAUUAAAGAGUGCUAUGAUGUCUACUCUGUCAGUAGUGAAGACAGGGCUCCAUUCGGUCCAAGAAAUGGAACAGCUUGGAUAUAUACAAGUGAAGAAGACUUGAAUGGGAGUAGCCACUGGGGAAUGAUUGCAACCUAUAGUGGAGCUGGCUAUUACCUGGAUUUGUCAAGAACAAGAGAGGAGACAGCCGCUCAGGUCGCUAGCCUCAAGAACAAUGUCUGGCUGGACCGAGGAACCAGGGCAACUUUUAUUGACUUUUCAGUAUACAACGCCAACAUUAACCUGUUCUGUGUGAUCAGGUUAUUGGUUGAAUUUCCAGCAACAGGCGGUGUGAUUCCAUCUUGGCAAUUUCAGCCUGUAAAGCUGAUCCGCUAUGUCACGACUUUUGAUUUCUUCCUGGCAGCCUGUGAGAUUAUCUUUUGUUUUUUUAUCUUUUACUAUGUGGUGGAAGAGAUACUGGAAAUUCGCAUUCACAAGCUACACUAUUUCAGAAGUUUCUGGAAUUGUCUGGAUGUUGUGAUUGUUGUGCUGUCAGUGGUAGCUAUAGGAAUUAACAUAUAUAGAACAUCAAAUGUGGAGGUGCUACUACAGUUUCUAGAAGAUCAAAAUACUUUUCCCAACUUUGAACAUCUGGCAUACUGGCAAAUACAGUUCAACAAUAUAGCUGCUGUCAUAGUAUUUUUUGUCUGGAUUAAGCUCUUCAAAUUCAUCAACUUUAACAGGACCAUGAGUCAGCUCUCCACAACCAUGUCUCGAUGUGCCAAAGACCUCUUUGGCUUUGCAAUUAUGUUCUUCAUCAUCUUCUUAGCAUAUGCUCAGUUGGCAUACCUUGUCUUUGGCAGUCAGGUUGAUGACUUCAGUACCUUCCAAGAGUGUAUCUUCACUCAAUUCCGUAUCAUUUUGGGUGAUAUCAACUUCGCAGAGAUUGAGGAAGCUAAUCGAGUUUUGGGACCAAUUUAUUUCACUACAUUUGUGUUCUUUAUGUUCUUCAUUCUUUUGAAUAUGUUUUUGGCCAUCAUCAAUGAUACUUACUCCGAAGUUAAAUCUGAUUUGGCCCAGCAGAAAGCUGAAAUGGAACUCUCAGAUCUUAUCAGAAAGGGCUACCAUAAAGCCUUGGUCAAACUAAAACUGAAAAAAAAUACUGUGGAUGACAUUUCUGAGAGUCUGAGGCAAGGCGGAGGCAAGUUAAACUUUGAUGAACUUCGACAAGAUCUCAAAGGGAAGGGCCAUACUGAUGCAGAGAUUGAGGCAAUAUUCACAAAAUAUGACCAAGAUGGAGACCAAGAACUGACCGAACAUGAACAUCAACAGAUGAGAGACGACUUGGAAAAAGAGAGGGAGGAUCUGGAUCUGGAUCACAGCUCUUUACCACGUCCCAUGAGCAGCCGAAGUUUCCCAAGAAGCCUGGAUGACUCUGAGGAGGAUGAUGAUGAAGACAGUGGGCAUAGUUCCAGAAGGAGGGGAAGCAUCUCCAGUGGGGUUUCUUAUGAAGAGUUUCAAGUCCUGGUGAGACGAGUGGAUCGAAUGGAGCAUUCCAUCGGCAGCAUCGUGUCCAAGAUUGAUGCUGUGAUCGUGAAGCUGGAGAUCAUGGAGCGGGCCAAACUGAAGAGAAGGGAGGUUCUGGGAAGGCUUCUGGAUGGGGUGGCGGAGGAUGAAAGACUGGGUCGUGACAGUGAAAUCCACAGGGAGCAGAUGGAACGACUAGUGCGGGAAGAGUUGGAACGCUGGGAGUCUGACGAUGCAGCUUCCCAGAUAAGUCAUGGCUUAGGCACGCCAGUGGGACUGAAUGGUCAGCCGCGCCCCAGAAGCUCCCGCCCUUCUUCCUCCCAGUCUGCAGAUGGAAUAGAAGGCGCAGGUGCAAAUGGGAGUUCCAAUAUCCAAGUCUAAGAUGUGUGUUAGUGUGUGUUCCUAAUAGGGGAGAAAGGGCUGUCCUGAAUGGCCAGAGCAAGUACACUAUUUAUAUGCCCUGACCACCAUAUGAUGCUGGUCUUUGUGACCAAAUGUUAAUUCUUCUGCACUUUAAUUUAUUUUAGAUAAACUUUGCCCAUGGAUCAAAGAAGAUUUUUUUUUUCUCAUAUAAGAAACCUAGGUGUAAAUAUUGAGUACAGAAAAAAAAAAUCUUUGUAAAGUACAUGGAGUGGUCUGCCCACUUGCCACCAUGGAUGAGUCUUCUCAGUGGACAACAAUGUAGCCUUUAAAGCUAGGAGAGAAUUGUCAAAAGCCUUCUGAGUUUUAUUUCCAGUCACAAAAAUCAGUAUUGUCAUUUUUGCCCAGUGCGUGAAGGGAAAGUAGGGGCAUUCUUUCCCACUCGGGCUUGGUUUAUGGACGUAAAACAUAGCUUGCUUUAAAGAAAGGAACCCUUUGUUUCAACUACCUUCCUGGGGCAAACAUUUCCAAAAGAUGAGCUGGAAAAGAACUAUGAACCAUGGAAUGGGUAUGUAGUCAUUAUGCUAGAAUGUGUAUGAAUGGUGAAGAUACCUGUUGAAUACUGUGCUUUUUUAUCAUUGUAUUAUAUAGUUCAUGUCCGUGGGAAUAACUGUUUCAUUUAUUCAUACUGUUUUCACUCUCAUUUAAAAUGAGCUGUGUGAAACCACCAGAUUGAUUGUAGGUUAAA